AAAUAGAUUACUGAUGGAUUUACCCGACUUUCACGAAUUGGACUUAUUCGACCCCACUGAUCCCAGUGUGAACCCAAAUUCCGAAAGAAUAGAGCUACCAAAUUUCAAUUCCGCCUUCACAACUUCGACUCAAAUAUCAAAUAAUGAGGUGAACAGAGGUCAUGAAAUGAGUGCUGGGUUAAUCGAGUUCAACGAUGAUUCUCAAGAUGACGAUGAAAAUAUGGGCGAUGAAUUAGCUGGUGUUGGACAAAGCGCAGAUUCUAAUUUCGACCUUGACCCCAAUUAUGACUACGCAGCAGAGUACGAGUAUGAAGAAGAAGACGAAGUUGAAGGAGGUGUGAACAAAGUGAAGAUGGGCUUCUUCUCUGACUGCAAGUGGGUGGGGCCUAUAGUUGACAUAGCAGCGUGGAGAAGUCAGAACUACCAACUGCUGGGCGAUGAAUACAUGGACAGAUCUCUCCCCAAAAUAGAUGCGUGUAUGGUGUCUCGUGCUCUGCAAAUCAGUGCAGCCAUAGCUGAUGAACUCAUCAGCGUCUGUGACUCAAAACAACUUCAGUGUCAGACACAGCCGGAAAAUCUACCCGAUAAAAUCACGAAAGAGGAGAAAGUUCAGCUGCUAGAACAGAUGAUGAGUGAAAAGGGAAUUGAGCUGAACACUUUGAAGAUGCGCAAACACAGAAUAGCUAGAGGCGCGUAUCUGACCCGAGAUGAUGCAGCAUACCCAGUGAAGUUUUUUUCCACCUCUCAUAUGAAUAAAGAGAAGGAAAAAGAAAGAGCGAAGAAACAAAAGAACAAUCCACAUGCCAAAAUACCAAACGGGAUUGAGGGCCCCGAGGCGGUGUUGACUAUUGUGGUGUUGCGAGUGGACUCCCCCUACCCCGAGAUGUUCCGGUGCAAAGUGUCCCACGAAAUAGAAGUGCUGAGCAGUCAAAGAUUGUCUUCACUGCGGGACUUUUUCCCCUGCUCUUUAGACCACACGCACUUUGGAGAGUUCAGCUCCAGAAUCAACACAUACAACAGAGCACCUACUUACAAAUCUAAGUUCCCAAGUGGAUGUUUCUUCAUAGAGGGCACUUUUUUUGAUGACCUGCGUGAACCCGAGGCCAUCAGAUUGAGUGACACGAUAGUGAAGUGGAGCGAGGAGAGAGACAGGGGGUGGAAGGGACUCAACCAGUGUCCAACCUCCAUGCACUUAGUCUCCUUUGAACAUCUUACUCUGCAGUUGGGAAAACCCUAUUUGUAUCUACAUCAAGGCACUUGUGAGCACGUGUGGAUGGUGACUUCAGUGCGUCUCUACCACCCCCACGACAUGCAGUCAUACUCGGACUAUCCAAGAGUGACAGGGGUGGGCUACUUCCACAGGAGAAAGUGUCUAGCAUGUGCACAAUACGCUGCUUCAUGGAUGCUGGUGAACGACGAAUUGCUUCCCCGCAGUCCCUGUUUCCUCUGCGAGAGAUGUCUGCGAGAACUGCAUUACGACCACAAAGGCAAAAAGAUAGACGACUUCAAAGCACUUCACUUUGUAGACCCAAACAAAACUAACUUGGCCUGACUUGAAAUGUAUUUACGAUUAAAAGCUCUUCUUUUUCUACAUCAUUUUUGAUGCGAUAAAACUCGU